CGGCGGCGGCGCUGCCGCUGGACGACGACAACCUGCUCUCCGAGAUCCUCCUCCGCCUCCCGCCGCUCCCGCCCUCCCUCCCCCGCGCCUCCGCCGUCUGCACGCGCUGGCGCAGCCUCGCCUCCGACCCAGCCUUCUCCCGCCGCUUCCGCCUCCACCACCGCCGCAACGCUCCACUCCUCGGCUUCAUCCAGGCAUGUGACGACCUUCCAUCCUUCGAGCCUACUCUGGAGGCCCCAUACCGUGUUCCCCCGGGCGCCUCUCCUUGCAGUCCGACCUCGACCACUCCCGUGUCCUCGGGUGCCGCCAUGGCCUUGUGUUAAUCCUCGACACGGCGAGGUUCCAGUUGCUGGUAUGGGACCCCGUCACCGGCCACCAGCACCGCGUAUCAUCCAUUCCCACGGGAUUCGAUGGGUUCAGAUUUGUGACCUGCGGGGCGGUGCUCCGCGCUGCCCCCGGGGACGUCCACUUCCAGAUCGUCUUGGUAACAGACGACCACGAGAUGGAAGAAUGGCCAGCGGUGGCCUGCGUUUACUCGUCGAAGACCGGGGCGUGGGGCAAUCUCAUCCUAACACCGAUUCCAUCCGGGACCUUGCUUUCUAUUGAUGUGUUGGGUGUGCUGGUUGGGCAUUCCCUUUACUGGAUGCUUUAUGGUACUUCGUCAAAUAUCCUCCAGUUUGAUUUGAAGAGGGAGAGCCUGGCCCUGAUACCGGCGCCAGUGGCAGUGAGUAUGUUUGAUUUUGAAGGCAUCACACUCAUGCGGGCAGAGGAUGGUGAGCUGAGUUUACUCUCCUUGUCAGGCUUCAUCGCCCAAUUAUGGAAGAGGAACAUCAGCUGUAACGGUGUUCCAUCAUGGGGGAUAGUAAGAACUGUUGAAUUGGACAAGCUACUUUCCCUGGAUUCAGAGGAGUACGUAACCACACAUGGCUUUGCUGAGGAUAAUAAUUUGGUGAUCCUGCGGGUCAAUAUCAGCAGCAUCUUCACUGUCCAGAUUGAGUCACUACAGUUCAGGAAAGUUUCCGACAACACCAAAUGGUACUAUUAUCCAUUUGAAAGUGUCUAUGCUGCAGGUAUCUAGAAUUGUGUUCCGGUUGCUGAGAAGCAGGAAUGGACUUCUUUGCUGAAGGUUCUUUCAUUUUGACAAUUUCUCAUGGAGAUCGGCCAUCUUUGUAGCUUGCACAAGUGGACCUGUAUGAGUUAAUCUUUGACUUGGUCAACUUGCCCUUCCCUCUGUUACCUAAUUUCUGGCCACAAUUAGCCAACAGGCAUGAUGAAGAUACAUUGACCUGCUUUGAUUAAGUAGUACUUGCUGUGUGGUUCAUUUGCUAUAUGCUUUCGAAGCAAU